AUGGUUCUAUCAGUAUAUUUUGACAUGAGAGAGCAACUCCCCAUUUCCACAUCGAAGAGACUGAUAUGGACCCUUCUCAAAGUACCUGGCUCCUCAUAUCUGAACACAACAACAUCCUCAAGUGGACUAAUGCUUUUCUACCACAGGUUCUCACUAGAACCCAGAGAAUUUGAAGUAUGAACUUUUUGAUUCCUUGUAAACUGAUGGAAAAAGGGCCGAAGAAGAGGAGGAGACGGGAGAGGAGGAGGAGGGAGAGGUGUGGGACCUCCUGUAUGUUAAGUGGAAUUCAAGUCCAGGGUGCUGAGCAGGCAGAGUGGUGGGGCACUGGCUCCUUGACGAAACCGACCAGACUCAGCAGACACCAAGCAAGAUAGGCACGACUAAGACGGAGUGAGGUACAGUCAGUGAGACAGCUGGAAAAAAACAACAACUCUAAAAGUGAACAUAAUGCUUUAGGUUUUACUGCUGCCAAAACAAGCGUGUGUUGAUGUUCAAGAAGUGUUAACAAAGGGUCAGAAUUACGGUACAUCGUCUAGAAGACAGAUUUCAGGACAGGAAUAAGAUAGUACACUACAAAGUAAAUCAGGACGUCAGAUUGCCAUGCUCUUCAAAAGUUUAUUCUGAGAAGACGACUGAUCUGAACCAACGGACUGUUUUGAGCUACAUCUGAAUUUUUAAGCACAGACCGAGUAUAAGUUGGAAACAAUGGAGCAUCUUCCACAGACGAAAGGCAAGGGAGUCUUUAUGUUUGUCAAGAGGCGUCAAAGAAUGGAUGAUCUUUCUGCAGAACAAGAGGAAAUAAGACGAAAAGGCAUACCAGUGGAUGCAAUUGUGGAACCAUUAGGUGAAACUGUAAAGCAUCCUCUACAAGAAGAAAGUACACAAGCCUCAAAAGAUGUCUAUGAAAUACAACAACAAGAGUAUCAAGAGCAGCCAAUUCAGCAACAGAUGUUAGCACAAUCACCAAAUGGUAUGAAUGGUCUGGAUCCAUAUCAAAUUUUGGCUGUUCCCAGACUCCUUGUUCCCAACAGAACUGCUAAGCCCUUCCUUGGUGGUCCUUAUCAAGGCCAAAAAACAUUUUCACCAGUCAGAGGUGUCUCAAGCCCAACACCUAAGAAACUUGAAAAAAUAUUUAAAGUAAAUGUUCCAGUAAACACAACCCCACAAGUUUGGUCCCCCACAUCAGACAUCAUUGCUUCACGUGAUGAACGUAUUGCUGUACCUGCAAUUAAAAGAGGUAUCCUACCAGAAACUAAAAGGAGAGGAGCAAGCAAGACAGACUUUAAAGAAAUGACCCUGAUUCAAAAGAAAGGAGAUCAGAGGUCAGAGUCAGUUCCAGAAGAUGACUUUCUCAGUCUGGGUGCUGAAGCAUGCAAUUUCAUGCAAGCUCCAAAGAUCAAGCAGAAAAACCCUCCACCUGUCCUACCCAAACCUGUUAUCAACCCAGCUCACCCUCCCUGGUCCGCAGAGGGCAGUGCCAUCUCUUGGAAUCCCCUUACAGCAUCAAGCUCAGUUCCAGUUAUGGGGCACACCAAGGUGCAGGCAGUACCCCAGAAAAACCCACCAAAGCUACAGCCUGCUGGAAAUUCCCGGCCCUCAUUAUCAUCUCAACCGAAAUCACCAGAUCUGCAUCAAUCAGCCUGGACUCCAAAACCACAUCAGUCACAUAAGCUAGAUUCACUCCAGGCUGGUCCUUCCCAGUUUAAAACAUCAAGGUCACAAAAUGAUGGUAACUCUGUUGCUUCCUGUCCACCCCAACACCUGGGCACAUAUGUUCAGGUAUCUAAGGCUCCAUCAGCUUCUCCCAAAGGGUAUUCGUCGGAUACAGGUGAUUCUGUUGGGCUGAACCUUAAAGGAAAAGGAGCUGAACUGUUUGCUCGUAGACAGUCCCGUAUGGAAAAAUUUAUAGUGGACAAUGAGACUGUGCGAGCCAACAAGGCAAGAUCCUCUUCACCAACAUUUUCAAUGCCAAGCACAUGGAAAUACACUUCUAAUGUCCGUGCCCCACCUCCAGUGUCCUACAAUCCUAUUUUGUCCCCCUUUUAUCCUCUUGCAGCAGUUAAACAACCCCCUCCUUCAACUAGUCCAAAGAUAAAGCCUAAAGCAAGCAAGGAGGAGAUGUAUCCACCACCCAAACAUCUCAAUGUUCUGGACGUCAUGAAACAUCAGCCUUACCAACUGAACUCCUCACUUUUUACCUACAACUCCACUCUAGAGGCUAGGGAAGCAGUUUCCCCUGAAGAGUCUAAACAAACUUCUUAUCAACCCCCUACCAGUUUUCAGACCCAGUCCCUCGCUUGUGAGCCAUCUACAACAUUAUCUCCAUCCCCAAAUAGUUUUUCCAAAAGUUCACAGCCAGUUCUAAAGCCAUCUAAUGCCACUGGAGAGGGAUUCAGCAGGAGCCGGUUCUUGUCUUUUCCUCAGAGACUGGCGUCUGUGUCUUCCGCUUUCCCUGUAUCCUCCUCAGGUGUCCAUCCAACACGUGAUUCAAUGAACAGGCAAUAUUCUUGGUCGGAGCCGCCCAAAAAACUACUCCCUUCUACAGCUGCUCAAAGCCCCUUUGUUCUCGAUGAGGUCAAAAUGUCUGCUACUCAUAGAAAAUCACUACCAGAAACAACAGCAGAAUGGAAACAAAGAGUAUUCUACGAGUUAGCUGGUUGCCCACAGGAGAUGGCGCCUGUUAUAGCUGUUACAUCCCCUACUAACAGUUUUUCUUCAGUGGCAAAAAAACCCAUUGUACAUGGGCCGCCUUUCCAUUCUGCCCAGCCUCUGGUGACCAGCAACAGGUGCAGCAAGGGUAUUUCUCUGCCAAGUAAAUUCACACAUCACACAAACUAUCCACAAUCGCAUAGAGUCAGUUGGAAACUGUAAUCAAAAUAUUAUUGUGAUUUAUCAAGUUAAAUAAUAGUUAUUAAAUGUGGCUUUAUGAGUUGAUAUUUUGAAUUGAUUUAUUACAGAAGUUUGUUAAGUCAAAACAGUUAAAAGGAAAAAUAUGAAAUAUUUCAUUUGAUCACUGCUAUUUACUGAAUACUAUUGGUGUGCAAUUAACUUUCUACAAGCAAUCAAUUUGGGAGUUUUGUAGUUUAUAAUAGUAAUAAUAAAUAGUUCAACUUAUAUUCAUUAUUGUCAAUAUAGGACACAGCUUUUAGUGUCUUAAAUUAAGCAGGACAGUGUGUACUGAGAAAAUAAAAAUCAUUCUUACCAGUGACUACUCUGAGUAAAAUCUGCUUUGGGUGGGUGUGGAAUGAAAGUCACAGUAGUGAGAAAUAUGAUGUCAGUUAAUAGUAUUUUGUGGCCUGGCACUGAUUAUAGUAAUUUAAUAUAUUUAAAAUGCAUUGUAUAUUACAUAUUUUACACUAUGACAAAAUGAGUGAAAGUCACUUAAAAGGGGAGUUAGUAUUAGGUUAGAUUGACCUCAGAGAAAUUCUUUUACACAGUAUGUGUGAAUAUUUUCUGUUAUAAAGGGGAGAAUGUGAGUGUUGUAACAUGGUGUUAAGAGCUGUGGUGACGUCAUCAAAUAUCAUACACUUCAAUCUGCUUUUUGAGAUCACAGGAGAAAUUACCCAGACUGAGAGCAAAUUUGUACAUGUUAUGACGAAAAAGAAAAAAAAAAAACAGGUAAGAAAGUCAUUUUUCAUGAAGAUUAUUUUUGGCCAAGCAUCAUUGAAUUGUAUAUGCAAUUAUUAAACAUGACCUGUAAUAACUGUGUCUCUAGUUUAAUUUGAUGCUUUGUAUUUAUGCUAAGUUCAAACUGUUUGGGGUGUGGAUAGUUGUAACAGUUUAUUAAAAAUAUUACAAACCCCUAUGAUGAUUCCAAUGAGACCAGUUAUCAGUCACAUCCUCUACUG